AAAUCUGUUGGGACGGCCGUGAAGCUGUUUGACCAUCUGCAAGCCACUUCAUUUACUCCAACCUUCAUUUGCGCAGUUCGUUUCGAGAAAUUCAAUGAAAUUACAUAUCCGCUUUGGAAAGUGGCAUGUUCAGCUUUCAUAAAGCUGACACAAACGCGCCAGGUAUUCAUUGUAUCGCAAAUGAUUGAGUUGAAUUCUAGUAACAGAAGGUAGCAGCCAAAGCGCGAAACCCCGCCGGAAACAUUCAUUUCCGUGCUGAAGCGCCCGUUUUUGCAUUGUCAAAGACUCAAUGCGAGUGCUCGCGUUGAGCCAUGGGAUGUCUGACUGCCCUUUGACAUUCGAGGCUCAAGCGCUGGAGGCCGCAAGGACCUAUAUACUCCGUUCAUACAGACGAUGCACGCUCCAACUCAUCGAAAAAGAUAUGCCCCCUUUCCUUCGUGCAGCAGUGCAGUCCGCGACUGCGCCUGUAUUUCAGCAGGCAACCUCCACCCGCGCGCUUGGCAUCUCCCGCGGUCUCACUCUCAGCCAUCCAGCCCUCAAUCACGCCACGAUCAUCCCGCGUGCGAGACUGCUAUCUGCCCGGACCCACCGUCGAUCCCCCGCGCGCAUCACACCCGUCCAGGCUGCCGCCACGGCUCCCCCGCUGAUCGUAUACACCGACGGCUCUCACCACCGCGACGGAGGAUCCGGUGCCGCCGCACGCACGCUCACGCCCUGGGGCGAGACGCUCGUCCUGCGGGAAUUCCUCGGCGCGGCCGAAGAGCACUCGUCGACCGGCGCGGAGCUGCUCGGGCUCGUCCUCGGGAUGCAGGCGCUGCGUCUCGUGGGCGAGAUGAUGAUGCACAGGGCCCGGCGUGCGGGGAGAAGAUCAGGAGUGGAGAGGGCGGUCAUACUGACUGACUGUCAGCCCGUCCUGCGCAUCCUCGCCAACCCAGCCGCUGAGACAGCCAGAGAGGGGGAGUUUCGACCUCUAAUUAACCGGUUCUUCGAAGCGUCCGUACUGGCGGCGAGAGUUGGGGUGCAGGAUGUUCAGCUGAGGUGGAUCAGAGGCCAUGCGGGUGUCGUUGGGAACGAGUCGGUCGAUUUAGAUGCGAAGGCCGCUAGGAUGGGGCAUACUGGAGCGUUCCUGGUACGAGGCAUAGCUUUAGGAAAGGGAAAUAAUGUACGGUGAAUUUAAAAGGUCUUCAAAACGGUUGUGCAGAUGGGUUCAGUCGCGAA